CUCAGCUGGGAAGGGAGGAGGUGGGAAUCGUCAAAUGUUAUCUGAAUCCGGCCGAUCACCAUCUCGCACCUCGACGUCGAUAUCGACACGUCAUCGCCUCACCUAACACGCAACAGGAAAAGAUGCAGCUCCGACCUCGACAUGGCCAUGCUAGCGAUUACACGCCGAGCGAACUCGCCGAGAUGCUCGUCGAUCCUUACGACGAUUCUCCUAAAUAUACGAAGGGCAUCAUCGGGGCCGUCUGUGGGGUCAUCCUCCUAGCCGCCUUGGUGAACCAGUGGUCACGUUACAAGCUCACCGAGACCGGUGCCAAAGUCGCUUCCAAACGACCCAUCCUCCGCCUGACCGCGGCCGUCCGAUACCUAGCGACCGCCCCGACGCCGACGUUCAGUCGAUACCUACACUUUCCUACUCGAGGAGUCGUCUUCCUCCUCGCCGUAUUCUGGACGUUUGUGCUGGUCUGGAGCUUCGCCGUAACCCCUUACUACCGCUCUCGAUGGAACGUAGGCUCCCCACCCUUAGCUAUCCGGACGGGUAUGAUGGCCCUAGGCGUCUUUCCCUUCAUCCUCGCUUUCGGAGCCAAAUGGAACCUGGUCACCUUCGUUACCGGGUAUUCUCACGAGAAACUUCAAGUGUUCCAUCAAUGGUUCAGCCAGUUGUUCUUUGUUUUGAGUCUUUUGCAUACUUUUCCGUUCGUCAUGGCAGGAAGAGAAGUCAGGCCGAAUAAGGAUGGGUUGAACCCGAUGGGGUUGACGCAGAUUGGGUAUAGUUGGCAUAUCGGCAAGGUGUACUACUGGACGGGAGUGGCCAUGCUCAUCACCCUGACCUGGCUCUGCUACGCUUCGUUGACCCCGCUUCGACAACGGUGGUACGAGAUGUUCAAGCUUCUCCACAUCAUCUCCGCCAUCCUCUUCAGCGCCUUUUUCUACCUCCACUGCAACGCCCUCCUCACCUCAUGGGACUACCUCUACGCCACAGCCGGUCUCUACGGUAUCUCCGUGGUCAUGCGUUUCGGCCUCAUGCUCUUCAGGAACGGCCGUGGGGUCCCGCAAGCCCAGAUCGAGGUCUUGCCAGGGGAUGCUGUCAGGUUGACCAUCCCCACGCCGAAACAUCAGUGGAAGGCCGGUCAACACGUCUUUGUCAACUUUUGCAAGACGAGGUUGUUGGAGAGUCAUCCGUAUACCAUCUCGAACGACGCUAAUAUCUACUCGCACAAACGCGAGAUGGUCAUCGUCCUCAAGACAGACGUCAAGGGCGGGAUCGGUGCCCGUCUCGCCUCGCUCGAACCCGCUACCACCCCCGUCCUGCUCGAUGGGCCAUACGGAUCCGGUGCAGAUCUCUCCCGUCAUCACGUCGCCGUCCUCGUCGCCGGGGGAAGCGGAGCCAGCUUUGUCGUCUCGAUCCUCAACGACCUCUGUCGGCGUAGCGUCUGGGGCGAGUUGCAGACCAAGCACAUCAUCUUGCACUGGGUGGUCAGGAAUGAAGCCUGUCGAGCAUGGUUCGAGGACCAGAUCAACGCCGCCAUCGCCAUGGCGCCCAAGGGGAUGGUCCAGGUGCACUUGCACGUGACCGGAGUCGACGCUCAAUACGGCCUGCAAGUCGAAUCCAAGACCGAUGGUAGCGACGCUGGAGAAGCCGAGAAACGAUGCCGAGCAAAGCCGAGCCGCCCUCACCCCGCUUGGACCAUCUCCAAUCAACGCCCAUAUUUGCCCUCGCUCCUCGAGUCCGCAUUCGAGCUCCCGGGAUGCGUCGGGAUCGCUUCGUGUGGGCCGACGUCGUUCACUGACGAUGUGAGGCGGGCGGUCGCUUCCAAACAAAAGAGCAUGGCUCUCGGUCACGACGUUCGGGAUGUGGAACUCCAUACGGAAGAGUUUGAUUGGUAGCAGGUUCAAUUUGGGUGUUUCGUUUGCGUUUCUAGUUCUGGCACU